AUGUACCUAAUGGCGGGGGUAAAAACGACAGAUCCUGCCGGAACUGACCACAAGGUGACAGUAGGAAAAGGCGGAGGAACAUCAGGCUUCGAACCCUCCCACAUAUCCGCUAAAAAGGGGGACACCAUCACCUUUGUCUUUUUCCAGGACGGACACACUUUAACCCAGACCCAUUUCAAUAACCCUUGCGCCGGCUUGAAUCCACCGUCGGAUUCCUUCUGCACCAUCACCGAUGCUAAAACUGGCCCGUCGAAUUAUCCUACUGGCGGCUCAGGAGACUAUCCCACUGGCGGCCUGCAACCUCCCACUGGGGGAGCGCAGCCUCCUCCUCCUACUGGCGAUCAACAGCCUCCGCCUAAGGAGCAACAGCCCCCGCCAAGCGAGCAACAGCCUCCCAGUGGGAGCCCGCAACCCCCUACUGGAGCAGAUUAUCCUACUUUUGGUGAUCCCUCGAAGAUCCCAAAUACCCCCACUGCUUCGCCCCCCACAGAACCAACUACGCCAGUAGACGUCCCUGACUCUCCCCAAAGCCCUCCUACCUCUAAAGACCCUUCAACCCCACCACCAACCACGCCUCAGUGUCUCUGCCCGGCCCCACCGUCGUCCGAAUAUCCAACGGGGCCACAGCCCACAAGCCCAAAAGAAAAAACCUGCGAGGCCAAAUGCAUAGAGGUCUCUGGGCAGUGUCAAACUUCGACGGACUGUGACGCUCAGAGCAAGUCACCAAGCGACUCGAAGUGCAAGAUCGAAGACGGAAAGUGCAAAAAAUGCGGCGAAAGCUCCAAGAAGAAACGCAGCUUGCAAAGCUACAGCUUUGCUUACUUGAGGAAGAGGUUACUUCGUAGAGACGAGAAUUCGCCCAUCGGUGACGGAGUGCAACAAGUCGACCUUUCGGCCAGUGAGAACGCACAGCCGCUCGACGGUACUACUCAGCUGAACACCGCUCCCACAGGCCAAGACGCAACAGCUUCCCUUGGCCCAGACGCAACUGCCCCCGCGACUGCCCCCGCGAUCCCUGGGUUUGGCGUGCCUCCCGCGUCCGGACAGGAUGCCAAGACCGAUUCUGCCAAUACGGAUUCGAAGCUUGGCACCGACAAAACUGAUGCAGGCCCAACACCGACCGGAUUAGACUCUGGAUUUGUCAAAGUCAGUGAAGAGCAAAAAAGUACAGGCAAGACCUGGAAGAUCCAAAUAACAGAUGACAGUAAACCGCUGUGGUUCAUGUGUGCUACUCUCCACCAUUGCACUUCCGGAAUGGUCUUCGCUGUCAACCCCCCCGACUCUGGGGACAAGACCUUUGAUCAAUUCCUAAAGUUGGCUAAAGGUAGCACUUGCCCUACUCAAUACCCUACCAAUCCAAACCUUCAAGGAGAUGGCUGCAAGGCGGAUAAACCACCAUGUAAUGGUGAAAAGAAAGAAGCCCCGCCCGCCGACACUCCACCAGUCACCUCUGGAGGAAAUCCAGAGCAGCCCAAGACGCCCGAAAACCCCCAGCAGACGCCCGACACUCCGACCGUAUCUUCUGGAGAAGGGAAAGACCCGCAGCCCAGCAACCCCCCCGCCCCGACUCCUCCCCCAGCGCCCGAAAACCCACAAGGAAACACGACCACUCCAGAGGAAAAACCCAGUGGCCAAGGGCACCAAGUCGAUGGAAGCAUGCUUUCAUUCGUUCUUUAUGUUGGCAUCAUGUUCAUUAGUUUCUAUGUAUCAGCAAGCGCGCCCUAG